UGUUGCUAUUGACGACAGACAUAGCGUUAUCUACCGUAGUCUGGUCUCCUGUAACGGGACUGGUACACGAAACCACGCCGCUAAGUUGACAUAUCGGCGAGAGAGAAAGAGGGAGAGAACGUGAAUGGGUUGAAAGGGCCCCAGAUCGGACAUACUUUGGAGAGAAGUGAUCACACGAACUCUCAUAGCCACACGCCUCAAAAUACAACUUCUUACCUGGUGAAGACUAUCAAGAACUACUUACAGGCCUAUCACUGCGCUGUGUUUUCACCAAGCGGACCCAUUCAAUAUCCGACGGGCUGACGUAUUGUGGCCAACAACAGAUCCCAAAGUUACCGGGCCAUUGAUCAGACAGGUGUGUCGGUACACGUCGACAUUUACACUACCAUGUUACAAAGGCCGUGCACGGUGGGACAGUGACUUGCCGGCAAGACAGGAUCUGUUAUUGUUAUAAUGUAGUGUCAAGGAAAGCACUAGAUGGCAUUAAUAGGAGACGAGCCAGCUCCUGUGACACAAACACAUACAUCAAAACACUGCAAAUACGCACAGUUAUAACGCAGAGUUUUUUACUCCACGAGGACAGAGAACCAAAGACUAUUUAUGUAUCCUCCCAAUGAGACAAUGAGCGUUUAUUUGCCGGAAUAAUGAUAACAUACACGCCAUAAAGAGCCUGGAAUUCUACUAGGCCGAUAUCUAAAUCCUUAGACACACUUAGGUUAGAGGGCUAGUGCCAAUUUUAAUCUCUGCCUUAGUGUAUUUAUUAUGUAUGCAAUUCCUUGUAUAUAACAAGGCAAUAUAUUUGAAAUCUUGUGUAAAAAAUUCAUUUCGAAAAUGCCAGGGAACAACGUUGCUCGCGAGUCCUUGAUGUCCAAGUUCAAGGCCCAUUACAAAAAGAACAAUCAUCCUUUGACGCCGGAGUUUGUUAUUGCGCACGCUGUGCCUAUGUUCUUCUUCACUAUCUUGGGCACGUGGGUGAUUGGCAUCGCCGACGUCCUCCCCACCAUCUACAAGGACAAGGGACCGACCACGGUGCUGUUACAGAGGCUGUUCGUAUCCUUCCUCUUCGCCGAGAUGAUGAUGAACUGGUUGUGUAUCCGAUACGUGGAUUCGUCCUACACCCAAUAUAAGAAGUCGGGUCAAGGUCAAUGGGUCGAUGUCGAAGGUGAAGGAGAUUGUAAAAGGAAGACUUCCGUUGAGGACGAUGAAAACGGAAGUCGGAUACCGCAUACCACUGGACUGCGUGAACGAUUCAUUAAACCGUCUUCUAUGGAUUUUUCUGGCUCAGCGAGCAAGGAUAAAACUGGAGUUAAAAGUUUAAAAUACCCCUACUGGUCGUGGUCCCCAUGUUUUCAAUGUGACGUCAUGCGACCCCCGCGAUGCCACCAUUGCGCGCUGUGUAAAACGUGCAUUCUCAAGCGGGACCACCACUGCUACUUUGCGGGCACCUGUGUGGGCUGGCGGAAUCUCCGUCACUUCGUGAUAUUCUGUCUGUGGGCGGCGCUUGCAUGCUCAUACGCCCUGGUUCAUGCCUUGUACUAUAUCUACCACUAUCUCUGGUCCAAGAUUUCAUUUCUGGACUUUAUACCACCUAUUACCGUUCUGCGGACGUUGCUAGGUUACGUGUCUCCAAUAAUUGUUAUAUAUAUGUCCGUGACUUGCUUUUUGUUCUAUUUUGCAUUUUUGUCAGUAUCGUUCUUUCUUGGACAUUCACUGAUGAUAAAGAAUGGAAUGACUUCAUUUGAACAUGACAACCUCAACAGAAAAAAGAUCGAGAUCCAUGACAGCCGCCCCCUCUCUGGAAGGCUACGGUCAGUGUUUGGACCUAACUGGGGCUUGAGUGUAUUUUUACCAUUACACAAUGUAUACCCCCCGACAGAGGACCCACUAAUGUGGCCCACGAUCAAGGUACAACGCCAAACGUCGGAAUAAAACAUUUAGAAAAGCAGUCACUCCAAAUGGUUGGAUGUUUGACAUGGACGUUCAGAGGCAUGUUACCUCAGACGCUCGCUGCUGAAACAGGCUUGAUACCGACCCUUAGAAGCAGGUGAGGCCGUGGACCACGUGUUCCCACCCAAUUAUUUUUUUAUCAAAACAUUUUCACAAGGAGAAUUGUCCUGAACCCCUCUACCCAUUGGCCAACAUUUACAUACAUACAGAGUAUGUGAUGCGAAACUGAAUUUAGAAACAAUAUAAUUUUAUAUACAUAUGUUUAGAAUUAAUAAUAUGCUUUUAAAUUUUGUCUUUGGACUAGUACCUAUUCUCGUGGAAGGCAUACAUGAUAGAUGGCAAAAACCGUUUACCAUGGAUGGGCUCCUAUUUAUUAUAUUUUAUAACUGUAAUUUAGCAACUGUUUUCUUCUGUCAAUUAAACUAUGUUCAUUUCAGCGACUAGAUGUUAGUCUCGCCUGAAAUGUAAUGCACGACCUGUGAUUUGUCGGUCGAACUGGUCGAAUCAUUUUGAUUAUUUGUUUUUACUUUGUCCCAUUUCGUGACUAUUUGUGAAUAUGUGAAUAUUGUUCUUUGUAUUCAUUUAUGAAUACUGUAUACUGCGCUGCCAAAGCUUUUUAUAGAACAUAUCGAUAUUUUCAAAGGGUAUGUAUUCCAACUGUGCCUCCAAAGUUGUUACAAUUGUCAUAAUGUACAUGGAAUACGCAUGCCGCAUGCAGACGGAUGAUGUUGUCCAAGGGCUGGUGUGUCCUGUAUAGCUUCAAUCUCUAUACCAAAGUAAAAACAAUGUUUGAGUU